UAAGAUAUAAUAAAACAGCUGAUAUACCUAAGUCGAAUGAAACUGAAACUGACCAGUUGCAUGUGUGGCCACACUAGUGGACUCUUCCCACGUUUUGUAUUAACGUCAAGCGAUUCGUACGCUACAUUACAUGAUCAAAAUUAUCUCAUGUGCUUGGAAUAUUCAGAGGCCUUCAAUGAAUCUGCACUCGUGAACACCAUCCAUACGGGCCACAGCAAGAGAACCAGUAAAUUUCUAUUUGAUACCAUUUUUCGGAUCAGUUCGGGAGUCUCGAAUGCCUUCGGACUUUCGGAAGCAGAAGACGAGACAGAGUACCCAGAGAACUCCAGCCUCAAAAAUUGCGAUUGCGAUUGUGGUUUUUCGAAUGAAGAAAAUAGAAUUGUUGGUGGAAAACCCACUGGAGUUAACCAAUACCCCUGGAUGGCACGAAUUGUAUACGAUGGAAAAUUCCAUUGUGGCGGAUCAUUGUUGACCAAGGAUUACGUUCUAUCUGCAGCUCAUUGCGUUAAAAAACUAAGAAGAUCCAAAAUACGAAUUAUAUUUGGAGAUCACGAUCAGGAAAUCACUUCGGAGUCUCAGGCCAUCCAGCGAGCUGUGACAUCCGUGAUAAAACAUAAAAGUUUUGAUCCCGACACUUACAAUAAUGAUAUUGCCUUGUUGAGACUUCGAAAGCCCAUUUCAUUUUCGAAAAUUAUAAAGCCAGUGUGUCUUCCGCGGUAUAAUUAUGAUCCAGCAGGACGCAUUGGAACUGUUGUGGGCUGGGGACGUACCUCCGAGGGCGGCGAGCUGCCGUCCAUUGUUAAUCAGGUGAAGGUGCCCAUCAUGUCCAUCACCGAAUGCAGAAAUCAAAAAUACAAAAGUACUCGAAUUACCUCAUCGAUGUUAUGCGCUGGCAGACCCAGCAUGGACUCAUGCCAGGGCGACAGUGGCGGACCGCUGUUGUUAUCCAAUGGAGUUAAAUAUUUUAUCGUCGGAAUUGUUUCCUGGGGCGUUGGAUGUGGCCGCGAUGGAUAUCCGGGUGUUUACUCGCGAGUAAGCAAAUUUAUUCCAUGGAUAAAAUCUAAUUUACAAAAUACCUGCCUGUGUUCUUAGUCAAUGUUGUAUGGAAAUACACCCGAACAAAUAUUUAUUGAUUUUAGCUUAGGUCCGUUUUAAUGCCAAGUGUCUUUGUUAUUUGUCCCCGGAGCAACGAAAAUA